CUUGCUAUUGCUGUCUUGUAUUGCAAAUCUGCAUUCAUCAUCUCCUUCUCCUUCUACCUACGAGAGAAGCUCUGUGCCUGGUUACACAAGGAAACAAAGAUGGCAGUAGAAUCUGUGCUUACUUUUGCGGCCGAGGGAAUACUGACAAAGCUGACUUCCCUUGCUGCUCACGAAAUCAGUCUUGCCUGGGGAUUCAAAGCUGAACUAAAGCGGCUUCGCAAAACACUGUCCACCAUUGAAGGUUACUUAGCCGACGUUGCCCAGGGACCACAAGGUCGGAGCAAGUCCGUAGAAGAUUGGGUGACGAAUCUUAAACGCCUAGCUCAAGAUGCAGAUGAUGUCUUGGAUGAAUUCAACUAUGAACUUCUCCGGCACAAAGUAGAAAUCCGAAAUCAUACGAAGAAAAAGGUACUCAACUUCUUUUCACUCUCCAAUCCGGUUGCAUUCCGCCUUAAAAUUGCACAUAAAAUUCAGAACAUCAAUGCAUCCUUGGUGGAUCUCAAGAGCGAGGCUCCUGUCAUUGGACUAGUUUCCAAGAAAAUAGAUGCAGCCCCUCAAGGAAUUAGAGGACGCAUACAAACCGACUCAUUUCCUGAAAAAGAUGGAAUCAUCGUUGGCAGGGAGGAGGUUGUUUCAAACAUAGUUACAACCUUGACCAACUCCAACACCAAUCAAGAAAAUAUUGCUGUUAUGGCCAUUGUGGGAAUGGCAGGCCUAGGAAAGACAACUUUGGCCAAGUCUGUAUACAAUGAUAAUUCUAUAAAAGGGUAUUUUGAUCCAAAAGUAUGGGUGUGCGUAUCUGAUCCUUUUGACGUCAAAUUGAUUUUAAUUUCCAUGUUAGAAUCUCUUAACCCAUCAAAAGCCAAUGUAAGAGAAAAUCAAGAUGCACUGCUUAAACACCUUCAAGAAGAGCUGAAAGGGAAAAAAUACUUGCUGGUACUUGAUGAUGUCUGGAAUGACGAUUCUACACAAUGGAAUGACUUGAUGGAUCGUUUGUUAAAGCUUGAUUCCGCUCGGGGAAGCACAAUUAUUGUCACUACCCGCAGUGCCAAAGUUGCAUCAAUCUCAGAGAAAAAACUUCCACGACAGGAUUUGGAACUUCUAUCACCAGAUGAAUGCUGGUCCAUACUGAAACGUGCAGCUUGCUCAGAUGGUAGUUCUGAUAUACCUCAUGAUUUAGAGAGAAUUGGACGGGAGAUUGCUAAAAAUUGUGAAGGUCUACCAUUGAUGGCAAAGGUUUUGGGAGGCAUACUUCAUUCAAAAAACAGUACUGAUGAAUGGUUGUCAAUUCAAGAAAGUAAAAUAUGGGCAUUACCAGAAGGCGAGGAUAGAAUCAUGUCUGUUUUGAGGUUGAGUUUUGAUAAUUUGAAAUCAGCACCUUUAAAACAUUGUUUUGCAUAUUGCUCAAUAUUUAUGAAAGAUUUUGAAAUUGAAAGGGAGAAGUUGGUCCAACUCUGGAUGGCUGAAGGAUUUCUCCACUCUUCAAGUAACCAAGAGAUGGAAGAUAUAGGGAAUGAAUAUUUUAAUAUUCUAUUGCAAAACUCCUUUUUCCAAGAUGUUACAAUGGAUGAAGAUGGAGUUGUUAUCACAUGCAAGAUGCACGAUCUUGUGCAUGAUCUUGCAGAACUAGUGUCAAAAUCUGUUGGGAAAUUGCGGUCCCUAUUUUCAAAUGGUGAAGGCCUUAGCAAUAGCUUGUCAAGUUUUAAUGCUUUACAUGUGUUGAAUUUAUACGAGGCUAAAAUUGUGGAGUUGCCAAGUUCAAUUGGCAGGUUGAAACACUUGAGGUAUUUGGAUGUUUCUAGAACAGAAAUCAAAGAACUUCCAAAAUCUAUUGGCAAGCUUUACAAUCUGCAGACAUUAAGAAUGUGUGGUAUGUGGUAUCUUGAAAGGUUUCCAAAGGAAAUGGAAAAUUUGAUCAACUUGAGGCAUGUUUACUUGGACGAGAAUAAGGAAGUUCCAUUUGGGAUGAGACGAUUGACUCAUCUGCAAACAAUAUCACCUUCCUUUAAUUUGGAUAAGGAAAGGAAUCAUGGAAUUGACGAGCUGGGUGGCUUAAACCAAUUAAAAGGUAAACUAACUAUCUCAUCUUUGGAACAUGUGAAAGACAAAGACGAAGCGAAGAAAUCAAAUUUAGCAGGGAAAGCAAAUAUACGAAAGUUGACAUUAAAGUGGAGGAAGUCCUCGCGGAGAAACAAGGUGAGUGAAAACAAGGUGAGUGAAGUUGAUGUACUAGAAGGCCUCCAACCGAACCCUAAGCUAGAAAUCUUAAAGAUUGAAAACUUCAUGGGUGUUAAAUUAGCAUCAUGGAUGAUGAGUCUACUCAAUUUGAAAGAGAUCCGGUUAUCUUACUGCAGGGAAUGUGAAGAAGUCCCUCCACUCGGCCAUUUGCCAAAUCUUAGGCAUGUUGAAUUUGAAUCUAUGUAUAAGCUUAAAUGUGUGGGAGUUGAGUUUUAUGGUGCGGCUUUGUUUCCAUCAUUGAAAACGUUAGUUUUUAAUAAUUGUCCAGCUCUAAUUGAAUGGAAGGAAGUGGAUGUGAUUUCGCCAGCAGCGGUGUUUCCCUGCCUUGAGGAGUUGACACUUUUGAAUUGCAGGGAAUUGAGAAAUGCUCCAAGUCGUUUUCCAUCUCUCCAGAAGUUGAAGAUACAUUAUAUUGACCAGGUCAUGGCAAUAGAAAAUAUAUGCAGUCAACUAACCACUCUCACUCACCUCGAAAUUUGUGGAGCCACAGAGCUUACUCGUCUGCCAGUAGGGAUGCUGGAAAACAACCGCAAUCUUCGGGUGCUGCAUAUUGAGCAUUGCAAUGUGCUUAGCCAUUUACCUGAUGAGCUACACACACUCCGUCUUCUUGAGCGGUUAACACUAGAGAAUUGUCCUAGUCUAGAGUUCAUUCCAAUUACCACCCAGAGCCAGAGCAUGCCAUGUCUCCGCAAAUUGAAGAUUCAGAAUUGUGAGAAAUUACCAAGCUCGCCGAGUGGGUUGGAAUAUUGCACCUCUCUUCAGGAAUUGCGUAUUGUAAAUUGUCAAAAUUUGAGGCAUUUAUCGGUUGAUGGGCUACAGACCCUCGUCUCUCUUGAGGAGUUGACUUUAAGGAAUUGCCAUAGUCUAGAGUUCAUUCCAAUUACCACCCAGAGCCAGGGCAUGCCAUGUCUCCGCAUAUUGAAGAUUGAAUAUUGUAAGAAAUUAUUAAGCUGGCCGCGUGGGUUGGAAUAUUGCACCUCUCUUCAGGGCUUGGUUAUUGAAAAUUGUCAAAAUUUGAGGCAUUUACCGGUUGAUGGGCUACAGACCCUCGUCUCUCUUGAGGAGUUGACUCUAAAGAAUUGUCAUAGUCUAGAGUUCAUUCCAAUUACCACCCAGAGCCAGGGCAUGCCAUGUCUCCGCAUAUUGAAGAUUGAAUAUUGUAAGAAAUUAUCAAGCUGGCCGAGUGGGUUGGAAUAUUGCACCUCUCUUCAGGGCUUGGUUAUUGACAAUUGUCAAAAUUUGAGGCAUUUACCGGUUGAUGGGCUACAGGCCCUCAUCUGUCUUGAGGGGCUCUACAUAAUGAAUUGCACUAAUCUAGAAGCUAUUCCCCGUUUAGACAACCUCACAUCCCUCUGUGAGUUGUAUAUUUGGGGUUGUGAGGGACUCACAAGUCUACCGAGGGGGCUACAAUCUUGCACGUCUCUUAGGCACUUGGGAAUCGGGGAAUGCCACAAUCAGGCAGAUGUCGAUGAUAUAUCCAGAUUGCAGUCUCUUUACAAUUUACAAAUAUUUGAUUGUCGGAAAUUAAAAUAUUUGCCAACGGGGCUACGCUCUCUGACGAGUUUGGAAGAUAUGACAAUCGGUAAGUUUUGGGAAGAGCUCGAUUCUUUCCCUGAUUUUGAGCUUCCAUCACAAAUCCGAUGGUUAAAGAUCUCAGGGUGGCCUAAGCUCAAGUCUCUGCCUCAACAAAUUCAACACUUGACUACUUGUUUAGAAGAUUUGAGAAUAGAUUCUUUCGACAGCAUGGAGGCUCUUCCAGAGUGGUUGGGUAACCUUACAUCUCUUAUCUACCUGGAUAUUAGGGAUUGUAAGAAUCUGAUGUAUCUGCCUACCGUUGAAGUUAUGCAACGCCUCACCAAAUUACACAAGCUACUUAUUACUGGAUGUCCCCUUCUGGAGGAAAGAUGUGCCAAGGAGAGCGGCCCAGAAUGGCACAAGAUUUCUCACAUCUCAUAUAUAGAAGUUGACGGAGAUUGGCUGUAAAGAAUCGGAAUCUUCAAGUGAUGAUUCGACUCACUCAAAGCCUCACCAAACUGGCACAGUACUCAACUGUUCAUGUUUUUCAUGAAUGUGCCUUCGGGGAGUAGCUGCAACUUUCACAUUGAAGCACAAAUUUGUUGGUUUUCAGAAGGAUCUUACUCAAUUGGAAGAACAAGUGAUGCGCAAAAGGUGCAAACUUAGUGCAGAUUUGGGGCUAACAUCCAUUUGAAGUGUAAACAGUCCUUAGAAGUUGUUUAUAAAAAUUUGAUGAACUGGAGGGUUUACUGGAGUGUUGAGGGAACCUUGAAGCUUUCAUUGAACUAUCUAUUUGUAUAUGUGAGAAUCUGAAGAAUCUACCAGCAGUGGAAGCUCUGAAAAUUUCCCCAGAAUGAAAAGAUGCACCGAGGAGAGCCAGAGUCAUGUGCAAGGAGAUACAUGGCAUAAUGCAGCCAAUGGUGUUUUUCAUAAUGCAGGUUUCAGCUAUAUAAAUGGCAUAUCAGUUGUUGACGUUAAGGUCCUCUGUUAUUUGAUAGCAUGUCAUUUUUACUUAUGCUGUUGCAAGAAUCAGACAGAGUCGAGAUUGAAGAAGAAACUCAUGCGUGCGAUGUGCGUGUGAUCUAGAACUUAUUGUUUUGGACAAUAUGGAUUUGAUGAUAAUGUUUUGCAGAUUUGGGGCUAGCAUCCAUUUGAAGUGUAAACAGUCCUUACGAGUGAACUCAACUAAAAUUUAGAGCAACCUGUGCAAAACACAAAAGUGAACAUAACCGUGACAGUCUCAUUUUAAUGGAAGUGCGAUUUUGAGGUUGCUAUUGUGAAACAAUGGAAGAGAAAUACAUGUACAGAGAGACAUCGGGAGAGAGCUGCGGGCAUCACAAUGGACGAACAUUGGGUAUUAAUCAUACUAACAACAAUAGCCCUUUGUGAAAAUGGGAGAAUGCAUGAGGAAUACUAUGUGAUACUACUUCUCACUGUACAAGACAAAACAUAAAACCACAACUCACAUUCCAGCAGCAGAUUAAGAGACUUGCUUCAGAGCAUUGGCAAUCUCAUUAGCUUUUGCUUGCCCACUCACACAGGUGACCAACAAGGGGCUCUCUAGUGGAACAAUGCCAUCUCUUAGAUAGCUUCCUGAUGUUUUUAGCAACUCUUCUGAACCCUUUCCCACCACCUCUUUCAUGAUUAUGGUCUUAGCAGCUGUUUCCUUUUGAUUCCAAAGAAUAAUGUUUUUCACUUUGUUAUCAGUCAAUUGGCAGUGAUGUUGAAUCAAUUUUGUUAAGCAGGUUCAAACUUUGGUAAUUGAUUCUUAGCUGACUAAUGAUGCUUCCUUUUCUGAUGUUACACCAAUGUUACACCAAUGUUACACCAAAACUGCCGAGACCCUCUUCUUCCUCUCAUCCAUUAACGGUAAAUGGAAGAACAGUGGAACCUUGCCAAACUUCCACCCUGCAUGUUUCAGAUAGGUUGGGAGCCGCAAAUAAUGUUAAGGUGGACAAUAAGUACCUCAAGAAAGGGCAUUAUUGAAGCUCCGUCAUUUGCUGAGAAGCUCAUUCUAAUUGAGCAUUUAAGAGAGAACUAGCCACAAUUUUGAUAUGUAACGUAGAACUCUUAUUUACAAGAAAUGGACGACAGAAGGAAAGUGAAAGUAGUUGCAUUCAUUCGCUGGCCUCCCGAAAUUGUUCACCGCUCUGUUUUUACAAAUUUGCUGUCGUUUAAUUUCCAAG